CAAGAGCGUGGUGCAGAAGGAGGCCGACUUCGACAAGCUCUACGCGGACGCCGUCAACGCCGACCUGGUCAACAUCUACGCCUUCAACCACACCGUCAUGCGGAACUGGACAGAGGGAGUCCGGGUGUCGGUGAACGUGUCCUCGGAGCAGAAGGAGACACCGCUGCUCUUCGUGGUGAGGCAGAAGGAGGCCGUGGUGUCCUUCCAGGUGCCGCUAAUCCUCAGGGGCCUGUACCAGCGGAAGUACCUGUACCAGGAUGUCGGCCGCACGUUGUGCCAGCCUCCGACCAAGAAGGAGGUUGAGACGCAAUCCUUCUAUGUGGACGUUUCCACGCUUUCGUCGGUCAACGCGUCCUACCAGCUGCAGGUCUCUCGCGUGGAGAACUUUGUGCUCAGGACAGGUGAGCACUUCAGCUUCAAUGCCACGGCAUCCCAGCCACAGUAUUUCAAGUACGAGUUCCCCGCGGGCGUGGACUCGGCCAUUGUGAAGGUGACCUCCGCGAUGGCCUUCCCGUGCUCGGUCGUUUCCAUCCAGGACAUUUUGUGCCCCGUCUACGACCUGGACAACAACGUGGCUUUCAUCGGCAUGUACCAGACCAUGACCAAGAAGGCGGCCAUCACUGUUCAGAAGAAGGAUUUCCCCAGCCACAGUUUCUACGUGGUGGUGGUGGUGAAGACCGAAGACGAGGCCUGCGGGGGGCCCCUGCAUUACUACCCUUUUUCCAAAGACGAGCCUGUCAAUCAAGGCAACCGCCAAAAGACGCUGGACGUGGUUGUGUCGCCAGCCGUCAUCUCGCAGGCCUACGUGAGCGGGAUGCUCUUCAGCCUGGGGGUCUUCCUCUCCUUCUACGUGUUGGCAGUGCUUAUCGCCUGCUGGGAGAACUGGAGGUGGCAGCAGCAGCAGCGGCGCCUGGGGCUCUCGGCUGCCAUGGACACGCCCAGUGCUGAAACCGGGCAGCCCCGCAUCUCCCCAGACGCCUUCCUGGGACGCCCACCGUACAACGGCUACAGUUACGGCUCCUUCGACAACGGCUCCACGGCCAGCACCGAAAACGUCACUGACAGCCUGCUCUCCACAGAAGCCUCCUACAGUUACGCAGGGCAAGAUCCGUGCCAGCACCGCCAGAGACACUGGGCCAUGGCUAUGGAACGCUCCCUGGAACACGUGGCAGGGCGCCCACGGCUGGACUCGCUCAGCUCCGUGGAAGAGGACGACUACGACACGCUGGCCGACAUCGACUCAGACAAGAACGUCGUCCGCACCAAGCAAUACCUGUACGUGGCGGAUCUGGCCCGCAAAGACAAGCGGGUGCUGCGGAAGAAAUAUCAGAUUUACUUCUGGAACAUCGCCACCAUUGCUGUCUUCUACGCCCUGCCUGUCAUCCAGCUGGUCAUCACCUACCAGACGGUGGUCAAUGUGACCGGGAACCAAGACAUUUGCUACUACAACUUCCUGUGUGCCCACCCUCUGGGCAACCUCAGCGCCUUCAACAACAUCCUCAGCAAUCUGGGCUACAUCCUGCUGGGGCUGCUCUUCCUGCUCAUCAUCCUGCAGCGUGAGAUCAACUACAACCGGGCCUUGAUGCGCAACGACCUGCAGGCUGUGGAGUGCGGCAUCCCUAAGCACUUUGGCCUCUUCUACGCCAUGGGCACGGCCCUCAUGAUGGAAGGGCUCCUCAGCGCCUGCUACCACGUCUGCCCCAACUACACCAACUUCCAGUUUGACACCUCUUUCAUGUACAUGAUUGCUGGGCUGUGCAUGCUGAAGCUGUACCAGAAGCGCCACCCGGACAUCAACGCUAGCGCCUACAGCGCCUACGCCUGCCUGGCCAUCGUCAUCUUCUUCUCCGUCGUCGGGGUGGUCUUCGGCAAGGGCAACAUGGCCUUCUGGAUCGUCUUCUCCAUCAUCCACAUCCUCUCCACGAUGCUGCUGAGCACCCAGCUCUACUACAUGGGCCGCUGGAAACUGGACUCCGGCAUCCUGCGCAGGAUUUUGCAUGUGGUGUACACGGACUGCAUCCGCCAGUGCAGUGGGCCCCUGUACGUGGAUCGGAUGGUGCUGCUGGUGAUGGGGAACAUCAUCAACUGGUCCCUCGCUGCUUACGGCCUCAUCAUGCGGCCCAACGACUUCGCCUCCUACCUCCUGGCCAUCGGCAUCUGCAACCUGCUGCUCUACUUCGCCUUCUACAUCAUCAUGAAGCUCCGGAGCGGAGAACGCCUCAAGCUCAUCCCCCUGCUCUGCAUCACCUGCACGUCCGUCGUGUGGGGCUUUGCCCUCUUCUUCUUCUUCCAGGGCCUGAGCACCUGGCAGAAGACGCCGGCUGAAUCCCGUGAGCACAACCGGGACUGCGUCCUGCUGGGCUUCUUUGACGACCACGACGUCUGGCACUUCCUCUCCUCCAUCGCCAUGUUUGGCUCCUUCCUGGUAUUACUGACUCUGGACGAUGACCUCGAUUGUGUCCAGCGUGACAAGAUCUAUGUCUUCUAGACGGGCAGACCCCUGCCGGGCACUUGAGGGUUUCCUGCCUGCGGGCCUCAACGCCUUUUCAGUGACUGUCGGUUCAUGGCGGACCUCGCAAGGGCCUCUGGCGGGAGCCGGGCUUGCAACGGGCUUCCCUGUCUGUUAAACGCAUCCUGAAGAUGCCGCUGCCCUGGUGGACCUGUGGAAGCAGGACUUGGCUGAAAGGAGGAGGGAAGGAGGGAGGGGCCCUCUGCCCACACGGAGACUCCCUGGGCCGUUGGGCAGCUGUGGGUGUUGUUCGUGUGGCGUGGCUGAGGCCUUGUGCCAUCCGGCGGCCCUGCUUGGGAACGAGUCCCUCGGAGGGGAUGGGGCACCUGAGUUGUCUGCCUCUGCCGCUGGGCCCUGAACAGCCCUGCAACUGUCCCUGUGGGGAGAUGGGGAGACCCUCACUCUAGUGAGACCCUCACUAGAGGCCGAGCCAGGGUCCCGGGGCCACGAGAGCCAAAGCCCUUGUGUGCGAGGGCGGGCAGCCUCCGGAGCCCUGCGUCCCUGGGCAGCACACCUCUGCCAACCUUAAGCACAUCCCCUGAGCUGGACAGGGGCCUCUGGCCGCCUCCCGUCCACACGUGGCCUUUCGCCAUUGGGCAGCGUGCGACUGAGCUCACUCGGCAACAGCACGCCCUUGUCCUGGGCAGCAGCCGUGUCCCAGGCUGGGGGCGCUCCCGCCGCGCUGGGGGCGCGUCCCUCUCUUCUUCAAGCACACCGUCUGGGACGCUCUUCAGUGCCUACCGCGGGGUGGCGGGCCGGGGUCCAACCGCGCCCUCUCUCCUGGCCAGGGUCAGGGACAGCGCCACCGGACGCCCGCCUCUUGGCUGCCGCUGUGGUUCUCGGCAGCUGAGUGACCACGGGCUGUUUACAUUGCACUGCCUGAACGUGUUCCCUCCGCUCUGUGUUCGGCGGAGGACUUUGCUCUUUUUUUUGUAUGAGCUACACAAAGUAUUCCGAAGAAGAAUAACCCUCAGUCCUUUGACCGCUCAGUCUGCCUGGGCUGCAAGCCAGAGGGAGGCGCCAAGCGCCGGGGGAAGGGGAGGGACCCACCCACUGCCUUGUUGGGGAGGGGGCACAGCCCUCUCUCCCCCACCCCCCAAAAUGAGAAGGGGUUCCCAUGUUUGUCCAUUCCUGGUUCUUGGUUGUGGUUUAGAUGGUUUUGUUUUUUAAAUUGUUCUCCGUGUAAGUUGUUGCAGGGCAAAUUGCAGUUUUAAUUUCUACAAAUUCUGCUGCCAAAUGCAAAGAAAUAAAAGUCAGCCUUG